AUGAAGUCCAGCAGGUCAUGGAGCGGCACUGACGACGAAGCCGGACCAUCCAGCUUUAGCGCGUCAUACAUGCCAAGGAUGGAUGAGGAUGACGGCAAGAAGAGUGGUCUUCGUACGAGAACCUUGUCAGAUGCUGACUCGCCCUGCAUGCCGGAGGGUCAAGAUGGCCUGGCUCGCAUGUACGUCCUCGACAAGCUCACCUCGCUGGGUCCUCGGCCUGCGAUGAACCCGCUGGGGCAGAAGCUCGGGGCGGCAACCAAGCCUCUCGGAAAGUUCGAUCCUCACUCAGGGAAGUGGUUCAGGUCGUUCGCCAUUGACAGCAGCGUCGUUGGCGAGCUGAGCCUCCAGGAGGUUGUCGAGCUGUUCUCGUGCGAGCACCUGCGCUACCGGCCGGAGGGUCACACUGGAGUUGUCCUCAACCUGGUCUUGAAUGAGUUCAACGUGAUGUGCAUCGGCGACACCCACGUCCAAGUGGAUGAGCUGUACAACGACGCCAUGUUGAAGCUCCAGGAGAGAAUGGACAAGAUGCAGGGAGGGAAACUCCCCUCGCAGGCAUGUUCCGAGGGCCCAGUGAUGGAUUCCGUCGCCGGGAUCUCCCUCAUCAGGAAUGAGGGAAAACAGUCUCUGGAGGAUCGUCAAGUGCAGUUCAACGAGACUGCAGGAGUUUCUCUCCUCAGUGCUGUCGAUCAGGCAGACUCGAAACCCCUGAGAGCUACUGGUAGCAUCGCAGGGAUGACCUUGUUCGCCGAGACGGUCGAGGACGAGGAGUCCGACGCUCUCAACAGCGCAGACGUGUCCAACCUCAUCCAGUCUGUGCGUCAAAAGUGUGCUUCGUUCACCAAGUACCUUCAAAGCUUCGACAGCGCAGUCAACGAUGAAACAUGCAUCGAGUCCUGCGGUAUGACUCUUUUCAAAAUGGAGGAGGACACGUUCGUGCAGGAGCCGGUGGAAGUUGCAGAGGAUUUGCAUGCCGUGUCAAGCUGCGGGAUCACUCUUUUCCAGUCGCCGUCGGCCAACAUGAGCAGCAACGUUGUUGCUGUCGACAGCCAAGCUGGCAUGACUCU